AUGAAGAAUUUCCCGCCGAAAGGGAAAGUCUUGACGCGGGCCAUGUUUGGAGUCAAAGUGCUGACUCUAUUCGUUUGCAGUAUAUUCGUUGCAGCAUUCUCGGGCUCGGGGGAGAAGCUGAUUGAUUUACGAGUUGUCCCUGAGGUUUGCUCUUGGGCCGAGGCUGUUUUCGAUCUUCAGAAUUUCGUGAAUGCGGAAAUAAGAAAGGAGUUCGCGGUGUUGAGAGAGGUGGAGAAUGUGUACUCGGUGGUGAAUAAGUUGUACCUUGUUGUGCAAGAUGGUGUUCGGGAGGAAUCUGAGAAAAAUUUGAUAAAAGUUGUGUCGGAUUUGGAGGAUAAGGGUGAGAAGCUGUAUUUGGGGCUUAACGAGCUUGCGAAGGAAGUGGACGACACAUAA